AUGAAGAACAAGUUACUUGUCUGCUUCCGGCCACCGGUUGACGUUGUCGAAUCGGAGUCGGAAGCAGUUGAGGUCUCCGUCAACACUACUACUACUAUUCAUCGGUCCUCGCUCAGAAAAUCCAAGAGUUUGAUGAUUAAAUCAAACACUAAAUUGGAGGCAGAGAACGAAACCAAGAACAUUAAACAUAGGAAGAAGACAAACCGGUCGAUUUCAGGUUCUUUUGAAGGUGCCGUGGUUGGGCAUUCAUUGAAGAGAUCAUCAUCAUUAAUGAGUAAGAGUAAAGAGAAUAAGAAAUUAUUAAUGGGUGGUGGUGCUGAAUCGAGGUCAGGAUCGAGAUGGAUGGUUUAUUUGAUUCUUGUGAUCAGUUUUGUAACGACGGUAUUGUAUGGUAGGGUUUACUCUGUUUUGGUAACUUGUUCUUGCCUUAUUCUCUGUUUCCCUCGUUUGAAGACAUCAUCAUUGAGCACUAGAAGUGGAAGAUUUCAAGAUCAGGGAAUUGGGAUUGACAAGAAAGGGAUUCUUUCAUGAUGUAAACCCUAAAAAAUGAAUUCGUGAUAUUUGAUCUCGUGUAUUGUAUUUCUUUAC